AUGCUUGACUAUGCGUAUCAACGCCUCCAUCCAUCACUCUUACAGCAUGAGCGUGAAUUUUCACGACACCAUUCUCGAUGCACCUUGCGGAUUUUGGACACAAUUAUGACCGAUUUCACAUUCGUAGUUUCAGACGGCAUCUCAAAACGGCCUUCGGCGUCCACCAGGAGUCACGCAGUCAAGAGCGGUUUACAACGCAAGAGUCAAGCAAUAGAUCCUGGAGGAUCCAAGGAUUCCCAACUCACCAUCAGGCAAAAGGAUACACUUAAAGGUCGAUUCAGGAUCUCUAACGGGCCAAUCAAGGCUCAACAGGUUUCUCAGUCGACGAAGGAGAAACAAGCCGCAAAGGCAUCAAAGCCAAGGACUGUCCAGUCACGGCUUGCAAAAGACUCUGCCAACUCACCAGGGGAUGUCACCGCUGACCACCUUGACACCGGCACUUAUCCCAAUACGCCAUGGGAUCUUGUCAAAGCUCCCAGCCAAGGCCGGGGAGAUCCUUUCAGCGCGUUUCCCAUCCCUCUAACCGACAAUGAUGACAAGUUGAUCAGAUUCUUCAUUUCUCGAUUCGACCUUCGUGCUACCAUUGCCUACAUCCGAAAGCAAUGGUGGGAAGGCUAUGCUUUUUCGGAUCCCCUGCUCAUGCAUACAACAUUGGGCCUGGCAGCAGCUCUCUGGUCACAGUUGCUGCCGGAUCCCAGAAAGGUGGUAAACGAAGGAUGGCACUGA